UCCGAAGAGUAGCUUCUCUGCUUGGCUCGGAGGAAGUUGCUCUGAAGCACUAAUCGCCCCAUGUGAUCGCUGUGCACCGAUUAGGUGGUUUGUUCUGCCCAGCCCCAGGGCAGAGGAUGGGAACCCUGCACUGGGAGCAUGUGACAAAAACAUAUUUUUGCUCCACCCCCUGGGCUGGAUUGCAGCCGAGCCAGACAGGGAGAGAGGGAGACCGAUCAAAGCAACAUCGGCUGCCGCCCUUCACAAGACCCCCUGACACAACGGCUUGCUAGGAUGGGAAGGAAACUGGAUCUUUCCAAGCUAACAGAUGAAGAGGCCAAGCACGUCUGGGAGGUGGUUCAACGGGACUUUGAUCUGCGGAAGAAAGAGGAAGAAAGAUUGGAGGAACUGAAAUGCAAGAUUGAAAAAGAGAGCACCAAAAGGGAGCUCUUGUCCAAUCAAUCCCACCUCAACGAGACCCACUGUGUCCACUGCCUACAGCCCUUCAAGUUCCUGGUGAACAGCAAGCGCCAGUGCUUGGACUGCCACUUCUACACCUGCAAGAACUGCAGCCGCUACAACAAAAAGGAGCAAGCCUGGAUCUGUGACCCUUGCCGCUUAUCCAGGAUUGUGAAGAUUGGCUCCCUGGAGUGGUAUUAUGAACACGUGAGAUCCCGUUUCAAGCGGUUUGGAAGUGCUAAAGUGAUGAGGUCUCUCUACGGCAGGCUACAGCAUGGGCAGAAAAUGAACCCAACGUUGCUAGGUCUUCAUGACAGAGUUUACAGCUUGCCAGACAUCAACAGUGAGUGCCAGCUGCAUGCCGGCGGUGGGGUGGGCAACGACAGCGAUGAUGAAGAUGAUCUCAUGGAUGGCGCCAAAGCUGAGCACUAUACUAGGAUGCGCAAGACAAAGCGCCUGCUGUCUGUUCAUCCCUUUGAUUUUGAACUGGACUCAGAAUAUUCUGCUCAAUCACGCCGUCAAUCUUUGCAGCUUUCUCAAACUCCGGUCAACCAGGAUGGCCACCAGUCAUUCCCGGAUUUCCCUGAUGCUGGAGAGGACACCUCCCGGAAGGAGACAAUGAUUGCUGAAGCAGACCUGGCUGCAGUGUUCCACCAGAUCCUUCAGGAGCAGGGACAACCUAUGACCCCACCGGAGCAGGAGUUUAGCACCGAGGUCCGGCUGACAGUGAACUCACGAAGGAAGAGCCUGGAAAGGAAUCCCAAACCUGAUGAUAAUCCCUGCCCUGAGCCUCCAGUGACUCGAACCCGUUCUGUCCCCAAAGGCAGCCCAUGGAACGAGCGGCACCUACCCCAGUACUCGGCCGAUAUGGACACCUCCGAUGAGGAUGUAAAGGGAGCCCAGAAGAUACCUGUAUACCAGCCCCAUCACGUGAAACGCCGAAACAGAGCCUCCUCUCAGGAGAAUAUAAACCACUCUGGAAAUCAGAUAUUUGAACUCAACAAACGCAUGUCAGCUAUUGAACGCAUGCUGAACCGUCUGGAGGAAAGAAUCCUGGUGCACUCAGAAGAGUCUCUGGCCCCUGAGUCCCACACCGAUCCUGAUGUGGAAGAGGAGGAAUUGAAGAGGAAGCUGGAAGAGUUAGCCAGCAACAUCAGUGACAAAGGAGUUUCUUCUGAGGAAGAGGAGGAAAAGAAGAAGGAUGAACCAAAACCAGAAAUGAGCUCCUCCAGCAGUGACCCGCCCAGUGAUGCUCAGAAGGUCUGCAUGACUGCUGGAAAGACAUCUGGGCUGGACCAAACCCCGAGGGACCUGGAGGAACGUGCACGGCACAGCGGGACCACAGACUCCGAGCUGUCAGAGCUGGAGGACAAAGUGGCAUCAGCGGCCGUGCAGAUGCAGCGUGCCGAGAGCGAGGUUUCCAAUAUAGAGUCUCGAAUUGCAGCUCUUAGUGCUGCUGGGCUGACAGUGAAACCAGUGGAAAAGCCAAAGAAGAAAUACAGCACACAGCUGUUUAUGCUCCAGCCUCCCAGGAACGCAGGUAGCAGUCAAGGGGAUCAAAGUACAGACUCUUCAGAGAUGGCAUCGCCAAAUGACUUCAAAGUAAUGUCUGUGCCACAGGUGUUAAGGAGAAAAUUCAACAGUUCCCUUGAAAUUGCCGAUAGCAAUGAAUCCUUUGGUCGGAACUCCAUUUACCGAGGCUCUUUGACACAAAGGAACCCCAAUGGGAAGAACAGGAAAGCAGAUCGCAUCUUCGCGAAACCUGUGGUGACACAUCGACCCUGAAGAAGAUGGAGCUUCCCGACACUGCAAUUUUACUAACAAUGCCCGGCCUCAGCUCAGAGCUUCACCUUUAUUUCCCUCAACACAUUUUCUCUUCUUUCUGCCAGCCUCCUCUCCCCCCGAAGGGCUGGACAGAGAGGAGGAGGCAGUCCUGUGGGACAGGGAAAUCCUGCCGAGUUGUGCUUACAGAGCUCUGGCUCCACCUCGCUACUCAAGCAACCAACUUGCUGCCUGUUCCUGACAGGAUUUCCAGCCCACAGUGUCUGGCAAAGCAGCCCCAGCUGUCACACCACACACCCACUAUGUCUCUUCCGCAAGUCUCCAUUGCUGUGAAACAAGGAUGUCUGUCUGCAUUUGAAAGCAGAGUUGUCAAGGCUGGUAGCUGUGAGGGUUAACUCAGUGGGCCAGCUACAUGCUGGAUGUAGUUCUGGUGGCUUCAGUGGAGUGAGUUUCCACUCUGACAUUGGCUUUCCUCUUGGGUUGGUUCAGAGAAGUCAGGGAUUGGACCCAUCAGUAUUCAAGAGUUUGCAGUGGAUUUAAGGUGCCCACUCCCCAUUGCCUCGAAUGGGGGUCACGUGGGUAAAACCCAGCCCAACACUUUGAAAAUGUGCUGCUGGACAUUUGCAAAGGUCACUCCGCAGCUGUCCAACUUCUGUCCACUCACCCCUCUCCCCCCAUGGGCAGGAGCGACAGAAGCUGCCUAAGAGAGGCUUGGAGGCCACCUCAAUAUUUUAAUAUGAAAACAUUUAGUUUAAGAAUGAUCCAUGUGAAUCCUCGUGUGAGUAACAUGUCAUUGCAUUAGGCUUUGGUCAUGAGCGGAGGCAUGAACCUCUGCAGAUACAUCCUGCAGCCACCUAACAUGGUAAUUGCAAAUAGCAGUGGGCAGGACCCAGAGUUACCACUUCACAAGAGAUUCUGUGCUUUUUGGCAUUUUUCCCUUUCUGAAAUAGAACAAAAACAAAAUAUUUUAACAUUUCCAGCAGAACCAAAUUCCAAAAAAAGUUUGGGGUCAAUCAAAACGUUUCAUUUCAAUAAAACGGAAACAUUAAAUUCCCAUUUCGACCGCAAAACUUUCAAAUGUUUUGAUAUAAAAAAUAGUUUUUCGAAAAAAUCAUCUUGAACUGAAAAAUCAAAAUGUUCUAGUCCCAAUAUGUCAAAAUUGGACAUUUCAACAUUAUUAAAAUGCUUCUUGGGAUGUGGAGAAAAUUCAUCAAAAUCAACAUGUUUUUCAAAACAUUUUGGUUUGACAAAAAUUGCAUUUUGGGGGUAAAAAAAAACACAUUUUGAAGAAAAAUUUCCGACUAGCUGUAGUUGUGACUGACUAAUGGUAUUUGUAUCCUCAACCUACAGUUCUUAUACCCUUGGGCAUGAUAGCUGAAAUGAACCAAUGUGACUUCUCCACAGCUGCUGUAUCAUUUUUAGUAUAAUUCAUGUAGAAGCUACUUACAGUCUCAAAUUCCCUUUAGAAGUCAUUUCCAUUCUCACUAGUAUACUCCAAGUUGAGAUCUUGAGUUCUCUUUAAGUUGGCAUAAGGCUAGGCCGUUCCAAGAAAUAAGUAUAGCCCACUGUAAAUAAUUACCGCUAUGUUAGAUACCAACUUCCAGCCACUACCAUGUCAUCAGAGCACCCUGCAAAAAAAUAAGAUGACCAAUUGUAUAUAUCUCACCACUGAGCUGACAUCAAGCAUAACCCAGUGACCCAGAUCCUCAUUAGUGUAAGGCAACUCAACUGAAGUCAAUAAAAUGAUGCAGAUUUAUACCAGCUGAGGACCCUGGUGGUUUUUAAAGCCACAAUACAGUACCACUUUGAUUAUAAACACAUCCUCUGCUAUGUGCAGUUUCACCUUUAGUUCAGUACCAGUGUAUCGGAACCUCAUGACGAACCUCGGCAAUGUAAAAUAAGGCAUUAUUCAGAACGUAGCUUUCAGGCCAUUUUUAUAUAUCUGCUUUCAUCCGCCUCUGUCUCUAUAACCUGUACAUAUGCUGAAUCUUACAAUAAAGCCGAUUGUGUGUUAGGA